CACGUCCCACUCACACACUCUCUGAAACUCUUCCUGGACACUAAAAUGGCGACUUGUUCUCAACUACUCGAUUGCUUUCAAAUCAAAGGAAGGCCGGCUCUCUCAUCCAAUCGAGGCCAUUUCCAUGUUUCUGAAAACCUUAGGUGUCCAACGAAAAGAAAGUCGAACCGGGGUUCCCAACUUGCUCGAUGUAGCUCGUAUUUUAGGGAAAUCGUGGCUUUACCUAGCAAUGAACUGCCAAAAAUAGGUGCAUCUCUUUCAGUAGAGCCAUUUGAUGCACACACAGUAGUAGAAGUUCUCAAGAUCGAUCCACCAAGUACAUCAUCACAUGCUGUUUUAGAUUUUAUGCAGAGAUUGGUAGUAGUAGCUGAUUUGGACCCGGCUUCUGCAAAGAUUGCGAUUGCAUUUCUUGGACCCUUUCUCUCCAUAUUUGGUUUUCUGUUUAUUGUGAGAAUAGUAAUGUCCUGGUACCCAAAGCUGCCUGUUGGAAAGUUCCCAUUUGUCAUAGCUUAUGCUCCCACCGAGCCCCUUCUCAUCCCAGCUCGUAAGUUGAUUCCACCCCUUGGUGGAGUUGAUGUAACUCCUGUGGUCUGGUUCGGAUUGAUCAGUUUUCUUAAUGAAAUAUUAGUGGGCCGGCAAGGGCUUCUUGUCCUUCUUUCUCAACAAGUUAGCUGAUAUAUUUGAAAGAUGUAGGAAAGAAGAAUGCUUAUUAUCUAUGUAAAUGGUUUUCACUUUUCAGAGUGUAAAGCUUGCCUAAGAGUUUAUGUUUCAUAUCCAUUAUAUGCAGAGGAGUAAUGCUACACUUUACAUUGUUGAUAUAGCAUGAGCUUAAUGUAGAAAGUUUUGUAUUUUUAAGUAGUCAUUCAACUUAUGCCUCCUGGGCAUGAGGAUAAACUGCUUAGCUCAUCAGGGGUGAAAACUCCUGAAUUACCUGAUAACUUAUUCUUACGGGUAGGGUUAGUUAGCCGUAGGAGUUUGAUUAACGGUGAGAAUUGUUGUACAGUAUGCAUUUGCGACGUUGAAUUAAUCUGAGUAAAGUUCUCCUA